UGUUCAUAUCUGUCAACGGAAAAAACGUGUGAUUCAACUAACAGAGAGUUUUUAUUUUGCGUAAAUAUUGAAGUUGAUUGUGAAUUUCACAACGUUAUACAAUAAUAUGUCGGCACCUACGUGUUUAAAUUGUAAUGUUCGUUUUCAAAAUGCUGACAUUCAGCGUGAGCAUUACAAAACGGAUUGGCAUCGAUACAAUUUGAAGCGACGAGUCGCUGAUCUGCCACCAAUUACAGCUGAAGACUUUCAAAAGCGUGUUUUGCAACAGCGUGCAUCUGAUGAAUUGGCACAACAAGAGGUUACAUUGUAUUGUGGUGUGUGUCGUAAGCAAUUCAUAUCGGAAAAAUCGCAUCAGAAUCAUUUGAAUAGCAAAAAACACAAGGAAAAUGUUCAAAUUGCUGAAAAGAAGGGACAGAAUUUGGGCGGCCAAGCCGAUAUUCCAAUGAUACAAGCACAAAAGAAAGAAGAAAAUACAGUCGCUAACAAAGUCGAGGAGGAUGAUGAUGAUGAUGAAGAUGACAUGGAAGUGGAAGAAGUCGAUUCCGAUGAAUGGGACGAUGACUUUGAAAAUCCCAUUGCCAACAACGAUUGCAUAUUCUGCGGCGAACACAGUGAAGAUAUGGUUGAAAAUGUGAAACACAUGUCAUCAGUGCACUCGUUCUUUAUACCAGACACAGAGUUCAUCACAGAUUUGGACGGAUUGUUGAUGUAUUUGGGUGAAAAAGUUGCAAGAGAUUUUAUUUGCUUAUGGUGCAACGAUAGAGGACGAACAUUUUAUUCAUUGGAUGCGGUUCGCAAACAUAUGAAAGACAAAGGACACUGUCGCAUGUUGCAUGAAGGUCUGGCAUUAGCCGAAUACGCCGAUUUCUAUGAUUAUAGUUCUAGUUAUCCAGAUCAUGAAGAUGGAAUGGAUGUUGACACUGAAGUAGCUGCAGAAGUAUUGGAAGGUGACGAAUAUCAAUUGGUAUUGCCAUCAGGUGCAGUGAUUGGACAUCGAUCGUUACUGAAAUACUACAAACAGCGACUGAAUCCAAAUCGUGCCUUAGUUCCGAAGAAUAAAAAAUUACACAAAGUUUUGUCCGAAUAUCGUGCGCUCGGUUGGACAACCACACAACAAGCGGCCGCUGCAAAGAAGGCCCGUGAUAUUCAUCAUAUGAAACGACAAUAUCAAAAAUGGAGCCAGAAAUUGGGUGUCAAAGCCAACAAACUACAAAGACACUUCCGACCACAAGUCGAUAAAUGUUAAAUUACAAUUCUGUUGUUUUCUAUCAAUUCCCCAUUAAUAUUAAUAAUGAAUUAUAAUUAUUAUUGCAAUCGGUAAAUAAACAAACCAAUGCAAAUUA